UCUCAAUAUCGUUAAUAACAGCCAUAAAUGCGUCUAAAAAAACUAAAGAGUGUUUAUGCCGAGGUUAUGCCGAUGUUGUAAAAGUUAGAUAUGAGUGACGAAGACAAAGAAGUUGAUGUUGAAAGUGGAGAGGAAGAUUAUGGAGAUGACAGUCUGCAUGUUUUCAACUCAACAGCUGAUAAAAGAGCUCACCAUAAUGCUCUUGAACGUAAACGAAGAGAUCAUAUUAAAGAUAGUUUUACUGGACUUAGAGAUUCAGUUCCCUCUUUAGAAGGAGAGAAGAAGUCCUCUCGAGCUCAAAUACUGCACAAAGCAACUGAGCACAUACAAUACAUGAGGAGGAAAAAUCAUGCACAUCAGGCUGACAUUGACGAGCUGAAAAGACAUAAUAUGAUAUUGGACCAGCAAGUUCGACAAUUGGAAAAAGCUCGUGCAAGUGGAAACCUAACACUAGACCCUUCUGUUGUUGCGUUAUUUGAUCCAUUACAGACAUCACACGAAAACCUAAUAUUACAAACUGAUAAUAUAGUUAAAUGUGAACCAAUUGUAUUAGAACGUCCGAACAACACAAGCGACCAUGAUGAUUAUACCAUUGCACCAAAGCGAGUGAAAACAGAACAUUAGCAUUUUUAAAAGGUUUUUUUAUAAGUCAUUAGCAAGAAUCAUGAGAAUACAUGAAGGAUUUGUGUGAAAGAAUUAUAAAGCAUUUUAUAAAAAUAUAAACAUUUCAUCAAUUUUUAUUUCGCUAUCUAAUAUAUAAUUCAGGACUCGAAUGAAAACACCAAUUAUAAAUCUAUUACAGAUUCAUCUAUUAUAUAUUCUUGAAUUUGGUAUAAAACUAUCAAUUAUUUCAAGAUUUGAUAGAAAGUAUUAUAAUAUAUUGCUCUAAUAAUUCUUUUUAAAUAUAAAAUUGUUAAUUUUUUUUCAAUGUUUACAACAUUUUACGUUUUUAAAUUGCUCUUUCACCCACCAACAGUCUCUUUGUAAUUGUCUCGUUUACUUUUAAAUUUUUAAUUUGAAUAUUUGUUUAAAGGAACUCAUUUUUGUCACUAUAAGUUUAUUGUAUUUAAAGUCGUACUAGAUUAUAUUUGUCAAGUUUUCUCGAGCUGUAACAAAUAUUGUUAAAGUUGGAUAUUUUAAACCAGUUUUAUUUUUAAAGAUGGAUGUUUGCCCUGUUUAUUAUCUAUCUAUCUAUAUAUAUAUAUAUAUAUAUUUGAAUUAAUUUUAUGACUAUUUAUUUGGAUUGUGAAAAGAUUUAGAUAGCAAA